UAGCGCAGCUAGCUUGACGCAGCAGCGGAAAACCAAACGGAGGCAGAGCAGAUCAAUUCGGAGCUACGGCGGUUGAUCGGGAUUAUGCGGCGACACUGAUUGCUGUACCGGCUGAAGACACUGACUCCUCACCGUGUCUCCUGUGACGUCGCCUCAGCCUCCGGUUGAUAGUCUGUACCCGGCCUGUAUGCAGCCUGUCCAGGGCCCGGCCUAAUUCCUGGUGCUCCUUCUCUCCCACCACCUCCUCCCUCCUUUCCCUACCCUUCUCCCCCCCUUUGCCCCCUCCCUCUAUCCUCACUCCCCCUGCACGCCCGCCGGCCUGCUGUCACGCAGAGCGACUCCCAGCCUGUAGCCUGGACCGGCGGCCUGGCUGGCUGCCCCCCUUACAGGUGGAUGAAUGAAGACCCCAUUCAAGAGCCCGACGGCCCCGCGGCCCCCCCGAGCAGACGGGGGUGAGUUAAAAGAUUCAUCAAACGCUGAAAACACUGAUGUCAGUUUGAGACAAACAGACAGAUUUCUUCCGACAGGACAUUCAGGCGUAUCUGCAAACAUGAUGAAGAAAAAAAACUCACAUAAGAAACAGAGGACCAGUGUGGGUCCCAGUAAGACUCUAUCCCCACCCAGAAGGAACAUAGUGGGCUGCAGGAUCCAGCACAUCUGGAAGGAGGGCAGUAAGUCAUCCCAGUGGAAGGGGACGGUCCUGGACCAGGUCCCUGUGAACCCGUCUCUCUACCUGAUCAAAUACGACGGCUUCGACUGCAUCUACGGCCUGGAGCUGUACAGUGACGAGCGGGUGGUGGGGCUGGAGGUGCUGCCCGACCGAGUGGCCCCGGCCCGUGUGAGCGACUCGAUGCUGGCAGAGACGAUGAUCGGCAAAGCGGUUGAGCACAUGUUUGAGACGGAGGACGGGCCGAAGGAGGAGUGGAGGGGGAUGGUGCUUGCCCGAGCUCCCAUCAUGACCACCUGGUUCUACAUCACCUACGAGAAAGACCCGGUGCUCUACAUGUACCAGCUGCUGGACGACUACAAGGAGGGAGACCUGCGCAUCAUGCCCGACUCCAACGACACGGUGGCGGCGGAGCGGGAGCCUGGCGAGGUGGUGGACAGUCUGGUGGGCAAACAGGUGGAGUACGCCAAAGAGGAUGGCGGAAAGCGCUCGGGCAUGGUCAUCCACCAGGUGGAGGCCAAGCCCUCCGUCUACUUCAUAAAGUUUGACGACGACUUCCACAUCUACGUCUACGACCUGGUCAAGACCUCCUAAGACCAGAAGACCCGGUCCAGGAUCGGGACCCCAUAAAAGACUUACUGAGACCUGCCUAGACCCUCCGAAAAAAGAAAAAAAACUCCAAAUUUCCCAAAGAAGAACAAGUGAUUUGAAACAUCCAAGGUCUAUAGAGAAGCUGGGACGGAUGAUAUCAUUUUUAACUCUUUCUUUUAUGAAAUGCCUUAAACACAAGAGAAAUACUUCAUGAUGGAGGCCCCCUCCCCAAGACAGGAGAACUACCACCUGCUCCGAGUCUUCAAUUAUAUAUCCAUCAUCAGUUUCCAGAUUUUAGGUUCCAUUAGGAUUCAUCCCAACACACAAUUGUUUGAUCACCCCAAAUAAGACCAAGUUAUUUGACAUAAGAGAUUUUGGAAUAUUUGUAGCAAUACUUAAUGAAUCAGAAAACCCGACUUCUCCAAGCUGAUAGGACCCAAUCUUGAGAUCUUCGAAGCGAACAGAAAACGUCCCCCGAACGCCAUAUCCUCCACUCCAGAGUCGAAGCAGGUCUCAAGCUAUUUAAGUAAACAGAACCUCCCCUCUCCUGAAGCCUUGUCAGACUGCUUGUGGGGGGGGGUGAGGCAAUGGGUUAAUGAAGGGAUGGGACUUCAGGAAGACAGGAACCUGGAGAUGAAGUGAAAGCUGAACCAUCGUCUGUCUCCGUUUGUGUUUAUCCGAGGUGUUCGGGGACUGGGUUGCAAUUAGAAGUCACACAAGAGGAACUCGUGUCCAAUCACAGCAUUGUAUUGACCCUACCCCCCCCCCCCCCUCCCCCCAGGGCAAAGAGUGGAAUAAAGUCUGAAGCGCACCGUGGAAAAGGCAGAGAAUGCAGACUACUUUCUGUUUCCAUUUAUUCACCAUUUGUGUUGAUGCUGAUGCCUUCAUUACCCAUGAGGACUUGAGGUUGCAGCAGGAGGGGCUUGGGUGUGUUGACUUGGCUUCAUCGGUUAGCAUCGUUAGCUGUCCUCAUAAAACUGGUCAUCCGGUGCUCACAGGAAGUGCUCGUGGUCGCCCGCACAGAUGUAGUUUCCAGUAGCUAAUUAUGCUAACGAGCUAACCCCAUGAGUCGUAGGCCCGGGGUAACGAGGUGAUGCUGAAAUACGUCCACUCAAACGUUUCCUGGACUCUGCUGAGUACGUUCAGGUCACACAAACAGCAGUGGGAUGAGAAGAUACAUAUCGAUAAAGUACGUCCGGGAUGUGUAAAGGGUAACACUAUACUUAAAACUCCUCUAUUCACCACUUUAAUAAAUACGUAAUAAAUGGUUUAUAGCAAACUACAAUGUAGCUCUAAAUAGAAGAAAUUAAAAGUUUUUCACUAACUUAUUAAUAAGCAGAUUAUAAUUAAAUUAUAGUGUGGUAUGAACCAUUUUUUACAUGUUUAUUUUGUGCUUUUAAGGUGUGCUUUUCCGUGAGCAAAGACUGGACGCGUUUCCCAAACUGUCUGAAUGUGUGGCUUCCCUUGGACAUCUGACGCUGUAUUGAUCCGUUCUAAUCAGUCCUGACUGAGGAGAGGAAACUAGCAGUGGCCAUGCCCCGCCCCCUGUUGAGGCGCUGUCCUUUGAUUGGCUGGACUCAAGCACAGAUGUGGUUUGCUACAGACCAAACCGAUCCAGUGUUCAUCUGUUAAAAGUUUAUUUGUAUGUUUUUAUAAAAGAAUCUUUCCCGUUCCUAUCUCUUCUUCUGCUUUCAUGUCGGCGCCCUGUAUAGUUUUAACUCUUUGUUUAUAUGUUUAUAUGAGCCGGCACAUACGGACUGCCUUGUUUUCUCUGUAUAUUAUCUGUUCAUUCUUUUUCCGUCUUCUCUUCUGUGUACACUGUAUAUUACCCAGUUAGCUGUGGGAAGUUGAAAUUUCAACCAAAAUGACUGAAGAUGGUGUCCCGACUGCGCCCCGCUGAAUCUGUUCGAUGUGUAGGAUUAUUUUUAUUUUUUGCUGACUGACAAAUCUCUUCUUUCCUGUAUGAAGUUUUGGGGUUUCCACUUUGCAAUCAGUUCCAGCUCCCCAUAGAGUGGUGCAGUCCUAAAGCCUGGGAAUGAUUCAGCAUUUAACAGCUUCAAGUUCCAUUUAAUUUUAACGCGUUUUUGGUUUCAUGCCAUAAAUAAGGUCUGUGCUAAUCACGAGUCUAGGAGAUUUUCACGUUUGAAAACGUGGCAAACUUCUGAAGUUUCUACACGUCAUAAAAACAGCAUUUGUUUAACAAGUGACAAGACUACUAAACAUCAUUGGGCGGUGGUGACGAGGGAGGUUCACCGGUCCUUGAGUGCUGUUGAGGUGUCCCUGAGCAAGGCACCGUUCCCUACACUCCCCCUGGAAUUUCCCUCUAGGACGAUUAAGGAUUUCUUCUUCAACAUUAGCCAACUUUUAGCUUAGCGCUGGUGAUGCGCGGACAGCUUCCUUUAUAGUUUAGCGUUAGCUUUUCGCUUCUGCCCAUUCCAUUUACACUUAAAUUACGACAGAAGUGGGGUUAAAAUGUGGAGAUUAUCCUGCUGAAGUAAAUGUGUUUGCCACAGAUCUUAUUUUCAGCAAUAUUCUAAAAUCCCAUUGGAUGAUGGUCAAGGGGGUGAUGGAAGAUCUCCCACAAUCCUCUGCUUUUACCAGAUGUAGCUCUUCCCACCAAGGACAUCACUCUCCCAUUAGCAUUAAACAGCCAUGUUGCCUGAUCCAUGUCUCGUGUGCCUGAAGGGACUCGAACAUCUGUUUGAAAGAACAUGGGUGUCACAACGUUUUGUUAAUUUGUUUUUGAUUCUCGAACCUGCGUUGCUGUUAUAAAAUCUGCCGUUUGAUAUUGUGCAAUGUGUUUCACCCUUCUGAUUCUAGACCAUGGAGACUCCUAAAGAGAACUUGCAUUCUACAGUCUUUGAUAACAUAAAUACUGUUCGUGGAACCCACAUGUUCCGACUCUAGGACACAAUCUCAGCCUCUUGGUUCAGGAGCCGACACGCAGUUCGUAUUUUACAGAAAAACAUUGGUGUGUGUGUGUGUGUGUGUGUGUGUGUUUGUGUGUGUGCGCGCACACGCGCACGCGCGCUGUGGAUCAGCCCCUGUUCAGAGCAGUGUUGUUUUUGCAUGCAUGUAUUGCUCAGUGUAUUGGUGUGAGUUGCAUGUCUGUGUAGUUUUCAGUUUUUCGGCUGACUUCUGUCUGUGGCUCUUUUUUUUGGUGCCUUUUGUUUUGAUUUCAGUUCUUUCUUUCCCUGUUUCUUUUUGUACUAUGUGUCCCAGAGGCUGCUGCUGCUGCUGUUUUUUGGGGGGGUUAUUGAGCAUAAAAUAGAAAAACAAAAACAAAGAAAAUCCUCCUCCAAACAGAGCUGGCAACAGUUUGUGUGAAUUCUGUUUCUGGGUGGAUUGUCCCUUUAAAGAGUGCCAACUACAGAUCCCAGUGUUGUACAGCAGUGAAAAGCUCACAAUAUUUACUAAAAUAAACCAUUUCUCUGUUUUUUCAA